UCAAUCCGUUCUAAUUGCCUUGCUUGAUUGCCGAAUCGGAGAUGCUCAGUAAGGUUACCCAACAGACUCGUGUCUUAAAUAUGCUUGUAUGGAAAGACUUUUAAGCAAGUACUUUUAAAAAUUGUGUUUUCGGUGUGUAUUCCUCUAGUGAUGAAUGUGACAGGAUUACAACAUUACGUUAUCUCUCUAUUUCUAUGCUGUUAGACGUCGAUUAUUCUUUCAUUAAUUUUGAGAAAUCAAUAAUAGAAUUUUAUGUAGAGAAAAGGAAUUAAUAAUUUGAAUCAAACAUUUUUCAACAGUUUCGUAUUAAAUCUUAUUUGUUUUAAGAAAGCGAAUGACAAAUUAUUAAAUCAAAUUCAUUUGGACUAAAAGAUGCCCUUUGAAAGUGAUUCAUCUACAACUCAGAGUUAAUUAAUUAGAAAUGUUAUUGAAAUAAAAAUUGGUGUGAAUAAUAAUGAAUAAUAAUAAUAAAUAAAUACAGGAACAAAAGAAACAUUGAAAUAACGCAACGAUACUCGUUUUAGAAAGACAAUUCAAAACUUUAGUUAAUAUUCGCGAAAAUCAAUAUGAAAAUCUAGAAAGAUAAUAAAAAGAUAACUUCAGACAUAAAUAACUAGAAUGAAACUCUACAUUCUACUUUCCAUUAGCGAUCUCUCAUGCCAAGAUAAUUCCCGGUACAGUGUCGAAUAAAAUGAAUCUACUUGAAGGAAGUAUAGAUAUUGUAAUAUUUAUUUAAAUAAAGUUAAUACAACUGUUAAGAACGUGUAAUAAGCUUACACUUUCGUCAUAAGGCAACGGCGUCACUCAGCUUAUUUUUGCACAUGCGCAUUACUGCGCUCGCCAGCGACGCGCUCGGCUAUAACAAACAACUCUAUCACGACGUUUUCUUUCGUUCUUCUUACUUGCCAAAUUUAUGUUAUCUGAAAACACAAUAAUAAUAAAAAUAUGAAUAAUAACGUGACAGGUACAUCAAGAAUUAGGAUUCCUCCUCGUGAAAAUAUAUGUUCUCAAAAAAUAUCAAUGGCAUGUAGUCCACCUUACAAACGUGUUAGAGCAUUACGACUCUUUGAUUCUCCCGCUACUCCAAAAACGCUAAUGGAAAAGAGUACGAUGCAUACUCCAUUUCCGACUAAAUGUACCAGACUGUUUUCAUUAGAUAAACCUAGACCAUGUAAUUACCAAAAUAAAUCUGACAAACCUGCUGCUAAUGUGAAUCCUUUUACACCAAAUGGAAUGCUGUUAACUGCAAGGAAACGCACUAGAUCUAAGCGUAGUUUGAUUGGUUCUCCAGAUAUUCAAAUUCCAAAAUUUGAUCUCGGCGAUUCCGAAGAUUCCGAUAACGAAAUAGAACAUGCUACAAAACGUGUAGCAUUGCAAGAUUCUAAUAUUCCACGAUAUCAUCAAGAGUUCCAUGAGCUUGGCUUAAUUGGGACAGGUGAAUUUGGUUCCGUUUACAAAUGCAUUAACCGAUUAGACGGAUGCAUUUAUGCCAUUAAGAAAAGUAUUAAACCUGUGGCUGGAAGUAUUAAUGAAAAGAAUGCCUUAAACGAAGUAUAUGCGCAUGCUGUACUCGGUAAACAUCAACAUGUUGUAAGAUAUUAUUCUGCAUGGGCAGAAGAUAAUCACAUGAUAAUUCAAAAUGAAUAUUGUAAUGGUGGUAGUCUAGCAGAUGGGAUUAUCAACUUAGAAAAAGAAAAAAAGCAUUUUACUGAAGCAGAAAUGCGACAAUUAUUGUUACAUGUUGCUGAGGGUUUAAGAUACAUUCAUAGCAUGCAAUUAGUACAUAUGGAUAUUAAACCUGGAAAUAUCUUUAUUUCCAAAGAGAAGAGGUUACUCGCAGUUAAUUAUGAUUCAGCUGACGAUGGUUUCGACGAAGAGGAAACUGUAGAAGAAGAAAUUACUUACAAAAUAGGAGAUUUGGGUCACGUUACAUCCGUUAAUAAUCCUCAAGUUGAAGAAGGGGAUUGUAGAUAUCUUCCAACGGAGAUUUUGCGGGAAGAUUUCAGUCACUUACCAAAAGCCGAUAUUUUCGCUUUGGGAUUAACUGUUUAUGAAGCAGGGGGUGGAGGUCCAUUACCUAAAAACGGACCAGAAUGGCAUGAUAUUAGAAAUGGAAAUUUAAAGGAAUUACCACAUUACAGUCGUGAUCUUAACGAAUUACUUAAAUUGAUGAUUCAUCCAAAUCCUGAAAUGAGACCAUCAGCAAUAUGUCUUAUACAACAUAGAGUAUUGUGUCCAUUUGGAAAUAAAACAAAAGCACAACUUCGGCGGGAAUUGAAUGCAGAAAAAUUAAAAAAUGAAAUUCUAUCAAAACAGCUGCAAGAAGCUGCUAAAUGUCUAAAAACUAUUGCCCCAAACGUAGCAGCAAUUAAUAAUAAUACAAUGAAUGCAGGAGGCUAUGAAUUAAGACCUACACCAACUAGAACUUCGUCUCGAGUAGUGGGUAAAAAAGUCAACAGAAGCAAUAGCACUACAAACUUUUAA